GUGAUGCGUUCAGGUGCCCUCGGACUUUUCUCCGUGUGUUUGCCUGCGCUCAGUAACAGCUGCCUGGUUGCCAGACGACUCUUAACUGCAACACCGACGUGAAGAAAACAGUAACCAUCUCCCGGACAAGCCACGGCGUUUCCAGCGGCUCCCAGGAAGCAAUGCUUAUCCGUUUAUAUCACCGCACCGACGUCCCGUUACCUGGAAACAUCUGCUGUGUUGUGGACGAGCGAGUUGUUGUAGCAUAGCUAGCACCUCCUUCCCUGCCUCAUGUUUUUACUAUUAGCAAUCCGGAACAAGCCGAAGUGGAGCUUUUCUGGAUGCAGGGGAUGAAAAUGAGAGGAUUACACGCGGGAAAAGUCGAGUUUUUCAACUUAACGUAAGGCUUUUCUGGCUCGGUAUGUUCAGUUCCAGUGCUAAGAUGUCCCUGGAGGGGAGCGACGUCCAGACGGAUGAAGACUGUGAGGAGCUGGUGGAGGAUGGCUUUUCUCUCCCUGCUGAUAUUUCAGAAAAGAGAACCAGGAGGAAGAAAUCCUCUGGAAAAUCCACUGCUUCUCAGAAGUCUCCGUACCUCUCCAGCCUGAACGUGAACCCAAGGAGAGCAGCAGUGGGAGCCUGGAGACUGCCGAAGCCGUCCCUGGGGGACAGCAGGGGGGACACACCUGGAGAAACUGGCUCUGCUCGCCUCUCUUCCCUUCUCAGCAACGGCCAUGAUGUGACCCAGAGAUCGGAGUGUGAGGUGACCCCGGAGCUCCUCAGACAGACCCUGAGCAUGAAGAAGUACAGACAUCUGCACUCUGCGUCCAACGGUUUUACAUUGGGUGCAUGUGACUACAGAGAGAAAGAGGACAUGUAUGAUGAAAUCAUUCGUCUGAAGAAGAGUCUCCAGGCACAGAAGUCUGACAACCAUCAAAUGAAGGCCAAACUACGGCGCCUGGAAGAAGAUAAUGCGAAGCGAGAGAAACAGAUCGAAGAGUUACUGGAUCCUACGAAGGGAUCUGAAUACACUCGCAGUCUGGUGGACAAGAAAAAAGAAGGCAGUGUGGUUCUGAAUGGGCUGAAGCAGAGGAUCCUGAAGCUGGAGCAGCAGUGCAGAGAGAAGGAAAACGCUCUGAGUAAACUGCAAAGUGAGCUGAGAACCACCAACCUGGAGGAGCUCCAGAUCACAGUGGAAACCUAUUAUCAAGAGAUCCAGAGACUCAGGAUCCUCCUGGAAGCUGCAGAGAAAAGCAGUCGAGCGGAGAGUAAAUGUUCCCAGAGGCAGCAGAAAGCUUUGAGCUCCACCGUCCGCCGUCUGUCGGAGAACCUGAAGCAGCUCCAGCAGGAGAACGCAGCACUGAGGGAGGAGCUGAACACCGACAGUCCUGCUGGAGGGGUUAAAGGUUACAGAGAGUGGAGCAAACAGCGGCUGUUGAGAAGGCUGCUGGAGCUGGAGAAGAGGCUGGAGGACAGCAGGAGACACGCCCCGCCAGCGCAGAGCCGCAGCCGAUUGGAUCAGGCCGUCCAGGCCACGCCGCUGGAGAGCCCAGGCUCUACCAUGGCAACAGAGGCAGUGGUCUCCGUGGGAACCGUCACCGAGGAGUGGGAGGGGGAGGCCUCCGAUCUGAGGGAGCGUCUCGGCCAAUCGGAGAAGGAAAAGGAGGAGCUCCGCGAGACGCUGUGGAGGAGAGACGAUGAAUUAAAACACUUGAGGACAGAAAAAGAAGAGCUGGAGAGAGAGACGGAGCGACGGGAAGCCGAGCAGAAAAAACUCUGUGAUGAAGAGAGACAGCAACAUCAACAGGAGUUGGAGCAGUUGCGGGCGAGGAUUCAAACUCUGGAGGACGUCGGAGGCGAGCCUCAGAUCUCCUCCGUCUCUCCGACGACGGUGCAGAGUCGUGAGGUCUCCGAGGGCGGAGCGGGUCUGGAGGAGGGAGAGGAGACGGGCGACGGAUGCAAGGAGGAGGAGGAGGAGGCGGGGGGAGGUGGAGAGCGAGGCGCCGACGCACGAAGAGAGAAUGCAGCACUGGUCAUUCAGACCCACUGGAGGGAGCACAGAAAUAGGGACGUUGUGAUGCUGCAGUCGGCUUUAAGAGGCCAUCUUCUCAGACAGGCACAGCUCAAGGACCUGCUGAAAUCUGCACAGAAUAAGGCUGCAGCCUCUUCCCCGGCUUCCCCCGCUGGAGAGAUGGAUGCGGUCGCCUUGACGAUGAUCCAGUCUGCAUUCAGGGGACAUCUGGCCCGUUGUAGCCUUGCAGUGGAGAGCUCAGGGGUCUCGGCGUCUUCUCCACUGGAUUACAAGUCGCCAAAGGAGGCUUCAAGGAAAACACACUCGACGCACGCACCCGAAGCAGGUGCUGCAUCCAGGAGGAAUGAUGGUGAAGAGGGGGCCACUCACGAAAACCUCGACAUGAUCUCCAGCACUUACGACUCUGCGACGGCGCCCACAAAAGGCCAGACGGAGCGCCGCUGCACAGCCGAGUUCGGCGAAGCCGCCGCCGCAGAUUCAGACGAUUCGGAUGACAUCAUCGUGUCUCCGUCACGUCCUCUCAGAAGCAGAGAGGUCUUCAUCUUAUAGACCUCUGUGUGUGUGUGUGUGUGUGUGUGUGUGUGAGA